AUGUUGGCAAAGAACUUGGCAGAACAGCUGAAAAAGAAGUUGAAGGAAGAUGGGAAAUUAGGAGAUUAUGGUCAGACCCUUCAAUUUAAGAAGAUUUAUAUGGCACAACCUGGUAAUAUCAUUGUAGAAGAGUUUGUCGAAAAGGAAUUUGUAAAAUUUCUCAAUACCACAGGAGCUGUUUGUGGUAAUGACUCGAAGCUAUGCCAGAAAGCUGCAAGCUUGAUGCAUUUCUCAUAUGAAAAGUCCAACAAACAGUUGAUGAUUGUGGACAUUUGAGGGUGUGGCUAUGAUCUGUAUGACCCAGAAAUUGCCUCGAAGGAAAUUAUGUCGGACCAAGGUGAACAAUUGAUGUUCGCAGUUGGAAACUUGACACAAACUGCAGUUGACACCUUUGUUGCAGCUCACAGUUGCAACAAAUAUUGUGAACUUCUUGGUUUGCCUUGUGUUUAA